AUGCUAAGUGGAGAGCAGAUUGAAGAGAUGAAGAGAACAAGUGGAUCGUGGAAACUGCAGAGAAACAGAAACGUUGACGACGCCACCGAGACCGAAGCAGCCGUCGACAAACUUGUUCGAACACUCCACACCGCAGCCGCAUACAUACACACAUCACAUCAAAUUGCAAGAUUAACGUCGUCAAAAAUCUUCCCAGCAGGUUGUUGUGGAGCCGGUGACAGAGACGAUAUGGAAGCUCUGGAAGACGAGUCUCGUGCAGCGGACGAAAAAACUGGCGUACAACCUAUCAUCUCUCCACAAAAUCCCAUUCCCGAACCGGACAAAUCCUGUAGAAGAGGAAGUCGUAUUGACAUUAACAACCUAGCUUCAUAG